CCGGCGGCAUCCCGGCACAAAGAGUCCGGACAGCGAUGCGCAUUUUAGCAUUGCACGGCUCGGCCCAGACGUCCACACUCUUCGAGCAGCGGCUAGGACCGCUCAUCAAGCGCCUUGGUGCCAGGCAGCACCAGAUUACGUGCAUCGACGCGCCGCAUGCGCUGCCGCUGCGCGACGGCCAGGAAACGUCGCUGGGCUGGUGGCGCGAGGACGGCACGGGCCUCGAGGAGUCGCUUGACGUCGUCGACGCGGCCUGGCGCGCCGGACGCUACGACGCGCUGAUCGGCUUUUCCUCAGGAGGCGCCUGCGCGUUCGCGGUGGCCAAUCGCCUGCCAGGCCUCAAGGCGCUGAUCAUUGCCGGCGCGCCGCGGCGGACCGAGGCCGCGCCGCCGCCCUGCUCGACGCUCCUGGUCGCGGGCCGCAACGACAAGCUGGUCCCGCGCGACGAGACGCUCGCGCUCGCGCCCGGCGCGCAAACACACGUCCACGAACUGGGCCACAGCCUGCCGUGCCGCGCGCGAGACGUCGACGUGUACGUGUCGUUCCUGGAACGCGCGGUCCGCGGAGACGAACACGCGGAGACGGCCGCGGCCCGCGAUGAGGAGCUCGAGGCCCUGGAGGCGAUAUUUUCGGACGACUUCCAGCGGGACCGCACGCGUGUCAGGCUCGACCGAGGCCCCUUCCCCGGCGACAUCUACCUGGCGUUCGAGAUGCGCGGCAGUUACCCGGCGGCGGGCGGCGCGCUGCGGCUGACGGUCGUGUCCGAUGCGCUGUCGCUCGCCGAGCUGCCGCAGCGCGCGUCACGGUCGAUCGCGCGCGCGGCGGCGGCGGCCGUGAAGGACGACCUGGAGGCGGGCGAGCCCUGCGUCAUGUCCGCGGUUCAGGCUGCAAACGAUUACAUCGCCGACUACGACCCGGAGGCGGACGACGAGCCUGCCGCGGGGGACGACGAAGACGCCGCGACGGCGUCGGACAAUGACGAGGAGAAUGGCGAGGAGGGCGUCGACGCUGCCAUUUCGUCGGCCGAGAUAUCGGCCUAUCGCGCGGCCGCGAAGGAGGUACUGCGGCGGCGGGAGGAGGCGGCAACGACCGUGGCGCCGCCGUCCAAGCACCGCGGCGAAUUCGAGGUGGUCGUCGGCGUCGUCGGCAAGCCCUCGGCGGGCAAGAGCACCUUCUUCAACGCCGUCACGCGCGCGACGGGCGCCCUCGCCGCCAAGGUCGCCGCCUAUCCCUUCACGACCAUCGACCCGAACGUGCGCGAGGGCUUGUACGGAGUCCUCGACCCGGAUCCGGCCCUUGCGCUCGGACGGCCCCUCUCGGCCUGCCCGCCGCACGGCCGCGACGCGCAGGGCCGGAGGCUGCUGCCAGUGCUCCUCAAGGACGUGGCCGGGCUCGUGCCGGGCGCCUACGCGGGCAAGGGCAAGGGCAAUAGAUUCCUCAACGACUUGUGCGACGCCGACGCGCUGGUCUACGUCUGUGUGGAAAUCAAGCAGUGCACCGAUGGCGUGGAGGUCGACGCGACGAUUCAGUAGGCGCCGUGAAAUGUUGAUUUUCUUCACAGGUCCAUGUGGUAGACGCCUCGGCGGAGACCGACGCGGGUGGCGCGGCCAUCAAUUCCGAAGACGCGGCCUCGGAUGCGCUGGCCUUCGAGAUCUCGUGGGUGCGCGAGGAGCUCCACCGGUGGAUCGCCGGCAACGUCGCGAGCAAGUGGCGCUCGGUCGUGCGGCUGGCGCGCCUCGACCGCGACGGGAUGCUCGCGCUCGAUCGUCUUCUCGACCUCUUCAACGGCUAUCGCGCCUCGAACGCGACCGCGCGCCGCGCGCUCGAAGUCGCGGGCCUUGAGAAGGAGCGAAACAUCAGCGGCUGGGGCAAGGAUCAGCUGCACCGCCUCGUCGCCGCUUUCCUGGAGGUGCGGUUCCCGACGGUCGUCGCACUUAAUAAAUGCGAUAGGCCGUCGGCAAAGCAGCGGGUGACCGAGCUGCUCGCCGACGGCGCUGCCGGAGAUGAUUUGGUGCCGUGCUGCGCCCGCGUCGAGGCGGCGCUCGUCGUGGCGCGCGCGAACGGUUCUCUCGCCUACGAGGACGGCGCGGGCGCGUUCAAUGGCGACGGUCCGGCGGGUGCGGCCGACUACCUGACGGAAUGGGGCACCACUGGAGUCCUCGACGCCAUCUCGCGCGCCGUCGCCGGCGCCAGGCCCGUCCACGCCUACCCGGUCGCCGACCUCGGGUCGCUCCGGGGCGCUCUCUCGCCAGGGCCGCUCGCGACUUGCCUCGCGUUCCGGCGCGGGGCGACCGUCGAGGACGUCUUCAUCGCGCUCAAGCGCCGCGGCGGCGGCGGCGACUUCGUCCGAGCCGACGCCCUGAGCGCGGACGGGUCGAAGCGGCGCCAGGCAAAGCCCAAGGACCCGCUCGGCGCCGACACCGCGGUGCUCAAGGUGUCGUCGAACCGGAAGGCCGCGUGGCAGCAGCAGAGUGGUCCUGCUUGAUGUUUCGUGUUUACUAGUAAC